AGUAAGCAAGGAUGACAGAUGGGAACAAACAUAAUGUUGCCACGCUCGGUACCACAAAUUUGGCAAGAUCUAUUUAAUAUUUAUCAUCUUAUGUAUUUGUCAUUAGGAUGCACAGGAAGCAUUGAACGAAGUCGAAGCGCUUAGGCCAAUCCUCGAUAGGAAAUAUGCAGAGUAUCAGGAGUGUAUUAAACAGCGGGAAGCAAUGAUCCUGGCUCAGUCUCUAGAAGCACAGCGUCAACUGGCAACCCAACAACAACUUGAUAUUAGUAAAGCAAUAGAGGAGCAGAGUGAGUUAUAUUGGGCAAAUCAUCCUAUAGAUAAUGAAUGGUCGAUUGCAAAAGCCCUUGAAGGGGUUCCUGGGACCAACUCUACACAGCCGGCAAUGCAGGGCAGGAGUGAAAACCAUCAUCGCCAUCAUCACCAUCACCAUCAUAAUACUGGAAUAAUAAGUGAAGUUAACUACCCAGAACAUCAUCAAUACCACAAUCAUUCACGACUUGGAGUCUCCCCGGCUAGAGCUCAAUCUCAGCAACCUGUACCUACGCCUCCGGGGCCUCCUCCUGUAUUGCCAAAGAAACCUGACAUGCGGAGCCACGCACCAAAGCUUCCACCCAAGAUUCAGAUUGAAGAAGACAUUCACGAAUUCUCACAGGGAUUGAGAAAGCUUAUAGUUCCUCUCAGACUAUUGGAUAGAUUCUUGAAUAUCGUACGCCCUAAUACAAUCAAGAAUCUGGAGACGUGUGGGAUAUUGGCGGGAGUAUUGUCGCGCAACAAGCUUACUGUCACGACAUUAAUUAUCCCAAAACAAACUGCGACCUCAGAUACGUGCUCCACCACAAAUGAAGAUGAGCUAUUUGAGUUUCAAAGUGAAAGAGACCUCAUGACAUUAGGUUGGAUUCACACUCAUCCAACACAAACAUGCUUCAUGAGUUCAGUUGAUUUACACACCCAUUGCUCAUACCAGCUAAUGCUACCGGAGGCCAUUGCCAUUGUAUGCGCCCCCAAGCAUGACAAAGAUUACGGUGUAUUUAGGCUAACAGAUCCACCAGGGCUACAAAUAAUCACAAAUUGCCGUCAGAAGCCUCUAUUCCAUCAGCACCCCGGCGAAGACGACAUUUACACGGAUGCCUGCGAUCAAGGCCAUGUUGAACUGGUUGAUUUAGAUCUGGACAUUGUAGACCUGCGCAAGCGAUAAUUGUGAUGUUGAUUACCA